GCGGCAGGCGGGGUCCUCCCGUAGCCCUGGGGACGUUGUAUGUGUGGGCCUGCCGCUCGCGUCACCAGUCGGCGACUGAGCCUUGGCUGUGGUGGCUGAGGCGGCGAAGGCGGCAGCGGCGGCGACAGCUCUGGGGUUUGCGUCUCCGGGUGUGUCGGCCGCCGCUGCUGCUUCGGCUUGGUAUGUACAGAUGGCUGGUUAGGAUUCUCGGCACCAUUUUCCGCUUCUGCGACCGGUCGGUGCCCCCUGCCCGGGCCCUGCUGAAGCGACGGCGCUCGAACAGCACUCUGUUUUCUACAGUGGACACUGAUGAAAUACCAGCCAAAAGACCAAGAUUAGAUUGCUUUAUUCACCAAGUGAAAAACAGUCUCUACAAUGCUGCCAGCUUGUUUGGAUUCCCAUUCCAGCUGACCACAAAGCCCAUGGUAGCUUCUGUAGCUUCUGCUUGUAAUGGAACACGGAAUGCGGCUCCUUCAGGAGAGGUAUUUUCGAACUCUUCAUCUUGUGAACUGACAGGUUCCGGAUCCUGGAACAACAUGCUGAAACUGGGUAAUAAAUCUCCUAAUGGAAUAAGUGAUUAUCCAAAGAUCAGAGUGACAGUAACUCGAGAUCAGCCUCGCAGAGUCCUGCCUUCCUUUGGGUUUACUUUGAACUCAGACGGCUAUAAUAGAAGACCAGGUGGCCGCCGCCAUAGCAAAGGCAAUCCAGAGAGUUCCUUAAUGUGGAAACCUCAGGAACAGGUUGUAACAGAGAUGAUGAUUGAAGAGGGUGGCAAGGGUCUGCGGCGUCCCCAUUGUACUGUGGAGGAGGGUGUUCAAAAAGAAGAAAGAGAGAAGUACCGAAGGUUAUUGGAGCGACUUAAAGAAGGUGUUCAUGGAAACUCUGUUCCUCCUGUAACUUCAACUCAUCAUAGUUCUCAAAGAUGUCACAUGGAUACAUUAAAGACCAAAGGCUGGGGGGAAGAGCAAAGUCAUGGAGUCAGAACAACUCAGUUUGUUCCAAAACAAUAUAGAGCUGCUGAAACAAGGGGACCUCUGUGUCCAAUGAGGAGUGAAAAGAGGUGUUCAAAGGGGAGAAUUUCAGAUAUAGAGAAGACAGUUGGAAUUAGACUUGAAAAUGAAGGUAGGAGGGGACACCAGCUGGAACCUGAUCUGUCUGAAGAAGUGUCAGCCCGACUCCGCCUGGGCAGUGGGAGCAAUGGCUUAUUCAGGAGGAAAAUGUCAACACUUGAGACAAAAGAAAAAAACUGCUCAGGCAAAGAGAGAGAUAAAAGAACAGAUGAUCUUCUUGAACUUACAGAGGACAUGGAAAAGGAAAUCAGUAACGCCCUGGGUCAUGGCCCACAGGAUGAGAUCCUAAGUAGUGCUUUCAAAUUGCGCAUCACUCGAGGGGACAUCCAGACCCUGAGGAACUUUCACUGGCUCAAUGAUGAAGUCAUUAAUUUUUACAUGAAUCUUCUCGUGGAAAGAAAUAAAAAACAAGGCUAUCCAGUACUUCAUGCAUUCAGUACUUUCUUCUAUCCCAAAUUAAAAUCUGGGGGUUACCAAGCAGUGAAAAGGUGGACCAAAGGGGUCAAUCUCUUUGAACAGGAACUAAUUCUGGUGCCUAUUCAUCGGAAGGUACAUUGGAGCCUGGUGGUGAUAGACCUAAGAAAAAGGUGUCUUAAAUAUCUGGAUUCUAUGGGACAGAAGGGCAACAGGAUCUGUGAAAUUCUCCUUCAGUAUUUGCAGGAUGAAAGUAAGACCAAAAGAAAUGUUGAUCUGAAUCUUUUAGAGUGGACGCACUACAGCAUGAAGCCACAUGAGAUUCCUCAACAGUUGAAUGGGAGUGAUUGUGGAAUGUUUACUUGUAAAUAUGCAGAUUAUAUGUCUAGGGACAAACCUAUCACAUUUACUCAGCACCAGAUGCCUCUCUUCCGGAAGAAGAUGGUGUGGGAAAUCCUUCAUCAGCAGUUGCUGUGAGAAUGCCUGUCCCUGUCCCUUAGCUGCUGGUGGUUCUUUCAUGGACGAACGUUUUCAUAUACCUCAUGCAUUGUGGGUUUAAAAGUCCCUGCAUCGCCAGUUCUCUCACAGGUACUGAGCUGUCAGACAUGCAUGAAGGCCCUGCACCCUAGUGUCCUGACUUGGUAUGCGGAGGGCUGCUUGCAACCUGUUUGUAAGACUGUGCCUGCUCAGAGCCUGGACUAUUCAACCCACAUAGGAACAAACGCUAAUUAAUACUUUUUUUAAAAAGAUUUUUUCCCCCCUGUGAAUGUGGAAAAUGCAGGAUUUAUUCUAUGAGCUGUUGUUUUCUGUGUUUGUUCACAUGUAUUCAUUCACUCACUCAUUUGCAUACAUAAUGGGCAGUGGCUGUUUUCUGCUGCUCUUUUACAGUUAACUUUGAAUUGUUUGAACUAUUUAUUUCUGAAAAGACUGUUAAUCAAGCUGCCAUUCCCUGCUGAAGAUGUAGCGGGAAAGCAGUGGGGGUGGGAGGAAGGAAGUAUUAGUUGACUUCUCCGACAUUGGAGCAGUAACUGCCAACUUGAAGCGGGAGGUCUUUUUUUUUUUUUUUUUUUUUUUGAGGUUUGAAAAUGCCAGAAGCACUGGGGUGUAGGGCUCUGAUUGCCUUUCAGGGAAGGCAGAGACUCCGGCACCAGCAUGGUGUCAGGAAAGUGGGACUGUGGCCAAGGGAUUCUGCUGCCCAGGCAUCUUCUGAAGACUGUAAUGGUCUAGAGCAGUGGUUCUCAACCUUCUGGCCCUUUAAAUACAGUUCCUCAUGUUGUGACCCAACCAUAAAAUUAUUUUCGUUGCUACUUCAUAACUGUAAUGUUGCUACUGUUAUGAAACAUAAUGUAAAUAUCUGAUAUGCGGAUGGUCUUAGGCGACCCCUGUGAAAGGGUCGUUCGACCGCCAAAGGGGUUGCGACCCACAGGUUGAGAACCGCUGGCCUAGAGAGACUUUUCUUUCUGGAAAUGAGGUGACCGCUGCUCUUGAAACUGGAUUUGAAGUAACUAAACCCUAAAUCUUCAUUUUUGCCCCAGAUCUGGUUGAGGGUAAACCUCAGAAUUGUAAGGGCUGGCCUGAGCUGUUUAUUUCAAAAGAGUCUAUUCAGCUUAAAGCUAUUUUUCCUCAAAGUUUUUUUUUUUCUAUAUAGAAAGCUGAAAUUAAGUUUUGUAUUCAUUAGGAUUUACAUUCCCCCCACCUCCCACCCCCCAUUCCACCCUAAGGAAAAUUGUGGAAGAAAAUUUAGUACUUGGCUCUGAGGUUAGAAUAAUCUAUUUUGCAUAUGAAAGUUUGUAUUUAACUUUUUUGUUCAUUAAAAACUUUACAGUGGUUAUGCAUUUUUAAUUUCAGAAAGUUUAGAAUUGGUCAAAACAUAUUUUGCAAGAUCUAGUGCCUAGUGUUGCUUUUUCAAUGUAAUAAAAGGUUGCCUGGCAGAACCUGAAAA